CAAACAAGGUUGCAUCACGAAAUUGUCAACUCAGUGGUUGUUGUACAUAGUAUUCCGCAGUGAAUCUUUUGAAGUGCGCGUUACACUAUCCCAUAGACUGUCAGCUGAUAUUUCGUUGAGAAUUUUACGAAAACCAAAUCUCGGUAUUUCGGAAUAUAGGGAGAAUCAACGAACAUCAAACAAGAGUAGUGAUUUCGUGCUUGUUGUGUAUUACAUUUCCUUUUGUGUAUUUAUUGUAUCAAAAGCAUACUUAGUAUACUGCAACAUGGAUUAUUCUAAUUAGGUUUUCGGAUUUUCUCUAAAUCUAUUUUCUGCAACUUUCAUAUUAGUUAGUUCUCAUACUGCUGAUUAGUUCCGAGCUCCCGAGUUUGAGGAAAUCCCCAAAGUCAAAUGACUUUCACCAAGGUUAAAGGUAAAUUUUGUGGAAAUUUUAAGGAAUUUCCCCAGGUCAGAAAAUUUUGGGGUUUUAGAGGCAUUUUCUCAAAAUUUCGCCAAAUUUACUAUAGCGACUUCCCUAUAAUCGGUCAAAUUUUCCCCAAAAUUCAGAGCUCCGGGUGCUUUCAUCAAGUUCUCAAUUCAAUAAUAAUGAUAGUAGGUCCGUCGACAUAUCUCAGUCCUUGAAAUUUGUAAUACUGUGAAGGUCCGAUCUCGUUUCAAAUGUGUCGACAGAAGGUGCCGAUACUACGUGUUCUGGUAGGGAACUUCACUAAUUCACUACUCAGUGUGAGAUACAAAACUCCAGACGUAAACGGUUUGAUCUCAGUUUUUGAACUGUUCUAUAAUGUCCUUUAAAUGAUCAAUCCUGGAAUGAAGUAAAAGGUAAGACUUAUUAGUACUAAGAUCAUUGUUUAGUAUACAGUAACCCAGUAUUAGAUCACUCUGUAACCUGCGGUAAGAUAACGGAAAUAGGUUGGGGAGUCUCAGUUUGUUUGUAAAAGAUAGGCCAGAGAAACUUGUUACCAUUUCCGUCCUUCAUCUUUGAAGUCGUUGUAUAUCCUCACACCUGAAACAUGGACCCGCUACUAAAAUUCUGAAUUCCAAAUACGGCCUCACGAAAGUUGGUUUUAAUUUGGAAAGGGCAGGAAUCUGGUUGGCCUGUGCUGGUCCUGGCAACGGUGGUCUUUCAGUUAAUCCCAAGCGUCGACAUGAUUAAAGGCCUCACGUAUGGACCAUAGGGUUCUAAAACAUUUGGCGUUUAUGGCACGGCAAUAUGUAGUAGUUUUUAAGUCUUGCCCAACAAUGACUCCUAAGUCAUUGUGCGUCUGGACGAUCGGUAGCUCAAUGUUAUUCACCAUGUGUUUAUUUGUAUCUUGGUGACCGAUAUGCAUCACAAUGCGCUUUGAAGCAUUUAUCGGCAAUUUCCAGAUUUCAGACCAGCCAGAUAAUCUUUCCAGGUCAUUUUGAAACUCUAAGCUAUAACAUUUACUUUUUACCGCUCUCCAUAUCUUGACAUCGUCAGGACAGAUGAUGAUAGGAGACUAGGAAGAUUGUUAACAUACAAGGGGAAUAGCAUUGGUCCCAAAACUGUACCCUGAGGCACUCCUGUAAGCACAGUUUCCCAGCUGGACAACUUGGGGUUCACCCGUACUAUUUGUUGGCGUCCAACCACGAAGUCUUUUAUCCACAUUAAUAGAUUGCCUUCAACCCUUGAUAGUUCUUAACUUAUAUAAAAGUUGGUUGUGAGGAACUUUGCCAAAAGCUUUGCUGAAUUCAGUGUAGGCUACGUCUAUAGGUAACUUUUGGUCUUCAAGAGCACACCGGCUUUCACGAGUCACUAAUAAGCUAGCGAGACAGGAAUAACCUAUUCUAAAGCCAUACUGCCUUUCCGAAAAGAGCCGGUUUUCAUCGAGAUACGUAAACAGCUCCUUCCGAAUAAUUGUUUCCUAAAUUUUCAUAACUACGUUGGCUGGAAUUACGGGUCGAUAGUUUUCAGGUUUGCGUUUCGUACCUGUUUUGAAGUUAGGACUUACUGUGACGUUCCUACAGUAGUUUGAGAAUACUUGAGCUUUCCCAUAGUCGUCCUCCACUAAUGAUAAAGCUUUACUGUCUCCACAUAGCGUUGGAGCAUUUCCCCUUUUUUAGUCCUCCGUACUUAAUGUCUAGAUAUGUUUUAUUUUUGUCUCUCGGUAUGCUCGUAAUAUCUUAGAAUGAAUCGAUGUGACAAAAUGUGGAUUGAUCAUUUCCGUUUCCAAUCCAGUGAAACAUUUUCCAAGAGCACUUAUACAGAAAUACUGCUAUGUAACAAUCUGAACCAUCUGCUAUAAUCGCCCCUACCUCGUUUUUUUAGAGUUGUCUACCAACACUGACAUGUUUAUGGCCUGGAGUAGUCCGGUACUGUCAGCCCAUUACAAACAACAUUUUCUUGUAGGUUUCUUGAAAUCUCGUUUGGAUUUUAAUCCGACGAGCCACAUCAUACUGUAUUGAGUGCUGAGUGUGUUCUUCCCUUUUAAUCCAAUGAACAACUGGUUGCUGUUGAAGUUCUUUUCAGUAAGUCAGUAAUAAACAACAUAGAACUUGUCAAGUUGAGACACCGUGCCAGCACAUCUUAAUGAAGUUAUGGAGACUGGUUAAAGUAUUAACGGUAUCAUUGAUAGUAAAAACGACUAGAUAUAAAUAAUAUGAUUUGAGGUAAAAGAAUAAACUAUGGGAUAAUUUUGAAACUAAAGAUGUAAACCAAGACAAAAAUUAAAUGUAUAUGCGCUAUUGAGACCGGCUCUGGGCUUUUCAGCUGAUUUUCCAUAGCUGUUAAGGUCUCACGCUAUUCAAUUAACGAUAACACGCAGGUAAAUGUCGAAUGCUAAUGAUAAGUAGUUGCGACACACCUAAAUUCACUUAUUUGAUCUUGAAAUCAUACUCGAACCUUUAAAACGAUUCACAAUUAUUCGGUGUAAUAUCCUUCAUUUCUCUUGUGUAUCAUAUGAUAACCCCAGACUUCCUUUUAGUGUUGAAUCAUUGCUAAAAUCUAUUUAAAGAACCUACGUUUAGCGUAAUGAAUAAACGGGAUGUUUCCUGAAGUGUCAUAAAAUUAACAGGUAUCAAAGCUUUUGAGCAUUAUCUGGACUUUGACAGUGAAACAUAUUUACGUUGUUGUAAAUCGAUAAAAAAAUACAUAUAUUAGUCUGUAGUAGUACAUAAUCUGCCUUGAAUUUAGUUUCUGGCUUGUAACAUAUCAUUUAGCGAAUGUUUAGGAAGGAUGCAAAAAACGUAUAUCAUCAUUCAAAACUUUUACAGUUGAUCCAAGGUUUCAGGCAGUAGUUAAAGUUCCAACAGCGGACAAACACUUGUCCCCCCCCCGUUGCUGGAUUCAUUUUUGAUACUUAUGAAGCUACGUGGUUGCCUGAUUCUAUGUUUACUAAUAUUAUCCCAUCACCCAAUGGUUGGUAGGUUUAAUGGACUCAAAAAGCUCCGGUAUGAAAAUCCACUACUACGUAUUAUUCUAAAUGCUGAUCUGACCCUGUCUUAUUUGUUUUAUGAAAUGAAGAAAUGGUUUUCAAGCUUCAUUUGUUUCAUGUUGUAUUGUAUCUACUCUUGUCUUUGGUAGUCAAAGCAUUUACUGCGAUUGAGUUCGGAAAUUUAUUAGUGAUAUCAACUCUGUUAACAUACUCCAUACUGUGAUAAUGAAUCUUCCAUUAGCCCUUCGUAUUUCUUCGGACUUAUUGACGAUUAUUUUACUUCAUGGUGUUUAUUUUCUGAUCAAGUACUGUGGAAGUCAUAAAUGGAGUUUCUUCUGUGAUGAUUGGAGUAUCAAAUAUCCAUAUAAAGACAAUACUAUAACUGAUGUAGUAGUAACUGUAGUUAGUUAUCUCACGCCACUUGUUACAAUUUUCUUAGUUGAGAUAAUCACUGCUGUACUGAAGAAAUGUACUGAAAAUAAAAAUUAUUCAAUUAAGGGUUCUUUACCAUUUAUCUAUGAUUUCUGUGUUGCCGCCCUUAUAUCUCUUGGAACAACGUUUUUUCUAACUACAAUUACAAAAUACAAUCUUGGCCGGUUGAGGCCACAUUUUUGGGAUAUUUGCCAACCAAAUGUCCCUGUAAAUUGUACUGGUUUGCAGACAACGUAUACAUGUCAGGGUACCAAUUCAAAGUUGAUUGCUGAUGUAUUUUUGUCAUUCAUGUCAGGCCAUGCAUCAACAGCUUCUGCUAGUUUAUUCUUCACUGUGAUUUAUUUACAGGCUCGACUGCAUCUACCUGUAAUACCUUUCCUACGACCAUUUCUACAAUACGUUCUGCUUUCUGUUUUGUUUUAUAUAUGCGCCACACGUGUAACUGAUCAUUAUCAUCAUCCAACAGAUGUAUUAGCUGGAGCUAUAUUAGGUCUUUUGACUUCUGUCUUCGCCUUUUUUUGGUAUUUGGGUAACGUGUUCAGUCAGAACGAAAGUGUUAAAACAUCUCCCUAAUAAGCUGAUGCUGCAGUUCAGGAUACCGCUUCCGGUCGUUGGCUACAAAAAAAAUUGGAAGUGGAGUUACUUCUUUCCCUUUAACAGAGAUUUUGAUGACCGUAACUUCGUGAUGCAUAUCCCUUUAUAAGUAAUAAAAUUCCUGCUUACUUGUUCUAUAAAUUCCUUUUUUUAUUCCAUACCUAGACUAAUUUACUACUUUGAUCAGUUUCAAUUUUUUAACGCUAAAUAAAUGGUGUAUGUUCAUUUUUAUGGUUGAGGUUGUUUGCGUGAGCGUUUAAAACAAUUAUGCAAGUGGUUAUAUAAUUGAUUCCUUUCGGAUUGUUUUAUCUAUGGGGUUUUCUGUUCCCUGAAUAAUAAAAAUUCAAUAUACCCUUCGUCCAUA